AUGGUUUUAUUGAUUAAUGAGUAUGUAUAUUCAAAAAAAUGUUCACUUGAAGAUCUAGAAAAACAUAAUGAUUUAAUUCAAGUUUCAUAUGAAUUAGCUUCAUCAAAUGAAUAUAAACAACCCAUAGAAGAAAUAUCGAAAACUAUUUAUAUUCAUCAACGUGAAUUUGGUGUUCUAGCAAAAAAUGAUCCAAAUGGUUUUUAUUUAAUUGGAAGUGAUAAUGCAACAACAUGUCAUAUACUUGUACUUGAUAAUCAAGUUGCUGUUGCAUUAGCACAUUUAGAUGGAGCUAAAACACAUGAAAGUAUUAAACAUAUUUUACAAGAAUUAAUAAAAUAUUCACCAGAAAAUGUAGACUAUGAUGUUUAUAUUGUUGGUGGUUUUCUCGAUGGAUCAAAUCGACAAUAUUCUCGAACUUUAAGCAACGAAAUCCUUCAUAUAUUUUGUACAAUACCAAAUAUUUCAUUCCAUCUUAAACUUGCAGCUAUAACAACUUAUAAUGAUCACAUAGUUAAUAAUAUUCAUUAUCCACAUAUAUAUGGUAUUUGUUUUGAUAUCAAUACAAAAAAUAUUCGUCAAAUGGAUUUUAUUGAUAAUGGACCAGCAUUCCGUUUACGUACAGUUUAUCAAUCAGCUAAUAGUCAUAUUGCAUCGUGUAUUUAUUCAUCAUUGAAAGGAAUAAUUGAAAUUGAAAAAUUUGAUAUAGAUAAACAAUUUAUUAAACAUUAUUAUAAACCUUUAUAUGAACAGUAUUUUCAUAAUGAUCAACAAUUACUUAAAAUGACAUCAACAUCACCUGAACAAGAACGAAAAUCAUAUUUAAUAAAUAUGAAAAAAACUAUUUUAUAUAUUUUAAAAUAUUAUAAAGAUAUAUCAAAAUGGUUUGAUGAACAAACACAUUCAAUUAUCUAUUAUCGUUUAAAUGAUAGAUGGAUAACUGACAAUAAAAAAAUUAUUGAUGAUAUUGAAAUUGAAUAA